AUGUAUACAACAGUUACUACACAGUUUACCACGCGGAAAGGGUAUCUUCUCGAUGGCAGUAACAUAAAAAACCUGGUUCAUAUAGCCAAGGGUGAUUUCCUGGGGGACACUGAUAUGAAAUUCCAGGUUCCAGUCCAGGUUACGCUCCAACAGUGCAUCAAUAAUGACAGUGUUCAGGCGCGGAUCCAGGAAUUGAAGUGGGGGAAGGGGGCAAAAAGCCAGCAACCUUGUACCUUGCGGGCUGAGUUUCAUUACAGUUUGAUUAUGCACAACAGGUGCAUUACCCUCGCUAAAACACCAAGAAAAUGUCAGUGCUUUGGCAUUUGCUGUGAGGGAUCAGGUACUCAGAUAUUUUAUCUUGUGGAUGAAGCUCAACAUACAAAUAAAGGAGCAAAUAUUGUGACCAGUAUGUUGCAUCACCAUUUCAUAUAUCAUGGUCUUGGAGAAGUUGAUGUAAAACUUCACAUGGAUAAUUGCAGUGGACAAAACAAGAACAAUGCAGUCAUAGGGUAUAGUCUUUGGGGAGUAUUGGUUGGAUUUCAUGACUCAGUUGAAUUUUCGAUGAUGGAAGCUGGUCAUACAAAGUUCAACCCAGACUGGCAUUUUGGAUUAUGGAAAGUUAAAUGGAGGCACUCAAGUGUUGAAACAUUAGAGGAAAUUGCUGCCAGUGUACCCAAAUCUUCCAGGAAUGGCCACGUUCCACAGUUAGUGUGA